UCCCCUGUAAUACAGAUAAGGUAGUAGAAAGGCCUCCAUUAAUGUAUUUUCUCCUUGGGUUACUCAGAAAGCAUAAAUGCCCCAAAUCCCCUCCUGUGCUGGCCACUCGUCAGGAAAUAGACUACACCCUAAAUCCAGGCUUAAGUCCUAGAAUACAGCCAUGUGUAGCCCUUAUCUUCCAUUGUGGUCUCAGAUCCAUCUUGCCUGCCAUCCCCUAAACCACAGCUGAGGCUGAAAGCCAAGCUCUGAAAGGCAUCAAGUGCUCCUGCCACCUGCAGAUCGCCCCACACCAGGCAGAAUUAGAGGCUGACUUUUUCACCCUGACAAAUCUGAAUAAUGUAAAAAUCGCAGUUUGAAUUCACUGCGUUCCACGCUGACACUUUUGUCAAAGAUCCUCAUACGAGACAGCGGCAUGGCCGUGGAGCAAAGGGUUGACUUGAGCAGCGCUGGAAGCCAGAUCUGUGCUUUUAGAAACGUCACCGCCUCCCCCAGACCACCCCCAGCAGCGGGAGAACCGAAAGCUGUUGGUGGGAACUGGUGAGGAAGUAGAAAAGCUGCAGCCUGAGCCGGGAGGUCAGGGUGCUUCCGCUGCAGCAACUGCUGCCGUCGGGCAGCAGCAGGGGCUGGGACAGGAACUCCGGUCAGCGUGGAGCAGUCCAGCUCUCGGCAGUCCAGGCUGUCUUUUUGGGGGCUGAACAGAAGAAUCUGAAACACACAUUCGUGCACGCACGCACACACAAAGUGCCCAGUGGGCCACCAGCUGCACCAUGGUGUCUUAGAGGAUUUUCAGAGACUGCUCGCACAAGAUAUGGAACGUUUUUAAAGAUGAGUCAUUAAGAAUGAGCUAGGUUAUAGCCACAGAAGAGAUCAGCACAGCAGAGAUCCCUGUCACAAGAGCUCGGUGCAGUAAAGUGCUCUGCCUGUCAACUGGCAAAGGCAAUAGCUGUCUGCUCCUGAGAGCAUUAUGUAGCGAGACUUAUAUUUUAUAGAUACAGAACAUUCAGACUCUCAUUAGGCUCACAGUAAAUGCCCAACAUUUAAACACAUCACUGAAGUUAAAGAUCAUUUGUGAUGCAUUAACGUUCGCUUCCUUCUGCGGUCUGCACAUUACACAACCUGCAAGCUUACCCUUGACAUGAAAUGAGUCUUCGUGCGUUUCAAAGACAUCCAGCCAUUAAGGUGAAUCAUGUGUUAAUCGUUAGUUAAUCAUUAUUACAAAUUAGAUCAAAAUACACCAUAUAUUUUUCAUCAGUGCUCGUGACUGUUUACUUACUCAUGCUACUGGUUAAAAUAAUAAAAGAAUAAAAAAAGCUUUCUGUCAAGGCUGUAACAUAUCGUAAUUCACCCUGCACACUGUGUAAGCCACAUAAGUGUAACAUUAUGGUGCUGGAAAACACUCGUGGUGCUAGGAAGUGCUACAAAUCUCCAAAGUUCCUCAUGUAUUUUGUUCUCAAAUAUGGAAAUUCUGACCCGUUUUGUUCUUUAAGGCAUUUUAUUGAAAGAAUUUUUAAUUGAAGCUCACGGCAACUGCAGCCAACGACGUCCAGAACAACACCGAGCUCUGGACCCUGUAGCUGAUGUGCCAGCUCCUGGUCCCAGAGCUGCUCCAUGCUGCUUUAGUGCACCCCCUUCUGCCUUUCAGAUAUUUAUCGAAAGGAAGAGGAUGGCCAGGACACUGCUCUGUAGCUAUCAGUGCUUUGUUUAGAGCCAUUGCCCGCUCUUUUCCGUGCCUUUUGGACAGGCGCAGACCACUGCAGCUACAGUGGGGCCAUUUCACUGCCCCUGGGUAUCUGCAAAGCAAGCACCUAUGGACGCGAGGCAGAGAGCAACUACAUGGCUCUACUGCUUGUUCCAACAAGCUCACUGUGCUCAAAUACUCCACGUGCUGGAGGAUCGUAUCCUGUCAUUUAGCAUGCCAGGAAGCAUAGCGUUUGCAGGUCUGGAUGGCUAAAUUGGCCACGAACACCCCUCGGGAUGUGGUUUUCUCCUGCCCAGGUGUCCUCCUGCACAGCAUGAGCAGCUGCCCCGCACCGCAGGCUCCUCUGAGGCGUGCGGCUGCCGCUUGGCCAGAGAACCAGGCAGGGGAAAUGGAGAGGUGCACAACUGAGGACCUCCCUGGGAGAAGUUAACUCCCUUUUCAUUUGGGACCACUAACAGAAGAAUGCCCAGUGUCACUUAAACUGUGCUAACACCUGGGCAACAGGCUGUGGUGGCACAGCUGUGUGGGAGACUCGCAGAGAGGAAACCCAUUACCUACAAAACACGUAAUAAACAUUUUUGCAGAACAUACACAUUAACAGUAUUGAUCUAAGCCCGUACCCUAUAAAGGUGCCACACUACACGUCCCUAUUUUAAAGCACUUAGAUAGUCUUAAGACGUCUUUAAUACCAAAUCCCAGCGUGUACCCCAAAGCACUUAAAGCGCCACCAGAAACAAGCGAUUAACUUGUUUGGGGCAAACAUCGUCACCCUCAGAACGAGCCAUUAUCCAGCGGAGCGCACGGAGCAGCCGUAUAAAUGCGGGGAUUUCAGCAGCACUCCCCACCUCGGCCUCGCACAUCACCUCCUCCCUGCCCACACUGCCUCGCAGCGCCGCAGAAUGAGGAGCACGCUGCUGGCCCUCGCCGCGCUCGCCCUCCUGGCUGCAGCACACCAAGCCCACGGGGAGGGAAACGCCGUGAAGCUCUGCGGGAGAGACUUUGUCAGAGCCAUCGUUUUCACCUGCGGUGGCUCUCGGUGGAAAAGGGACUUGGCCGAUUACCAAUACCUGUUCGAGAGUGAAAAUCCCCUGCCCUUCUCUGAGGAGAGCAACGGUUAUGCAGAUCCCUUGACAUACACGGACAGGAGGCUGGGGACUGACAGCGAGGAAAUCCUUAACAUCAAGCCCGAGACAAAGCGAGACUUACAGCGCACCAGGAAAAUGUCGAUGCUGAGAAAGCGCGAAGUAGCCAAGUUGCUCACCACAUCCUGCUGCAGCGUCGGCUGCAGCGAGAGAGAUAUAAGCUCGCUGUGCUAA